ACCGGGUUAAACAUUAAUUCAGAUUGCUUGAGAUUGCGCUUCCCGGCCAAAUACCAUUUCUCCUGCAUUCAUGAAGGAGAGGUCUCCGGAGAUGGCAGACUUCGGCGAGAUCCUGAGAGCCGCGGGCGACUACGGCCGGUUCCAGAAACGCCUGCUGGCGGGACUCCUUCUCCCCACCAUGAUACUGCCAAUGCAUUUCUACAGCGUGAUGUUCACCCACGCCGGCUCUGCUCACCACUGCAACACGGACUGGAUCCUGAGAGCCAGCCCCAACCUCAGCACCCAGGAGCAGCUCAACCUCACUCUGCCCCGGGACCAGGAUGGGUCCUUCAAGAGCUGCGAGAUGUUCACACCCGUGGAUUGGGAUAUCGAAUCCAUCAGGGAGUACGGUAUCAACCUGACCACUCGCUGCUCAGACGGCUGGGUGUAUGACACCUCGGUGUACAAGUCCAGUAUCGUCUCUGAUUUUGAUCUGGUCUGUGAAAAGGCAAACUUUGUUGGCAUGGCGCAGUCUGUUUUUAUGGGUGGGAUCCUUCUUGGCUCCUUCAUUUUUGGCCCCCUGGCUGAGUCGUUUGGGCGAAAGCGAGCAGUGCAGAUUCCAGUGGUCCUCAUGCUCAUCGCCAGUGUUGGAUCCGCACUCUCCCCCAAUUUCUAUGUGUACCUAGCAGCCCAGUUUAUUGUUGGAACUUCAUAUGGAGGUUAUCGGGUGAACUACAUAAUUCUGGCCACGGAGUGGAUCGGUGUGGCCCAGAGGACCUACCCCUCUGCUCUGUGCGCGAUGCUGGGCGGCGUCGGGCAGACUGCACUCGCCGGCGUCGCCUAUUUCAUCCGUGACUGGAGGAGCGUUCAGUACGUCAUCGCCUCCCCUUGGGCUCUCUUCAUCCUCUACAUAUGGAUAAUUCCAGAGUCUGCCAGAUGGUUGCUUGACCGCGGUAAAACGGAAGAGGCAGAAAAGCUCAUCCUCAUGGUUGCAGCCGUCAAUAAAAAACAAAUACCUGACAACAUCAUGGAAAAGGUUGUCAAUAAUAAAAAAGGAGAAAAGAGAGGCACUGUGAAAGACCUGAUCACGUCACCACUGCUCAGAAAAUACUUCUUCACUGUAUUAUUUGCAUGGUUUUCCCUAAACGUGGGCUACUACUCCAUAACGCUGAAUGUGGGAAAGUUUGGCAUGGACAUCUUUCUGACGCAGCUCAUUUUUGGCCUGACUGAGAUCCCAGCUCAAAUAGUUUGUGCCUGGUUAAUGGAAGCCUUGGGAAGGAAGAUAACUGUGGCCUCCGUUCUUCUGCUGGGUGGAUUUAUUAGUCUUCUGCUCUUGGCUGUUCCACAAGACAGCGCAAUCACUAUUACAGCGCUUGCAACUGCAGGAAGGCUGUUCAUGAACAUGGGAGGGACAACCUUCAGUGUCUAUGUCCAGGAGUUGUUCCCCACCUAUAUCCGACAAACAGCCAAUGGUAUUGCAGCCAUGGUAACCAGAGUAGCUGGAAUGCUGUCUCCAGUGCUGAACAUGUUGGCAGUGUACCACAGCGCCAUUCCCGUGCUGGUGUACAGCGGUUUGGCUGUGGCUUCCGGUAGUUUCUGUUUCCUACUGCCUGAGACCAGGAGGAAAGAGCUGCCUGAUUCCACCGAGGAUUUGGAGGAAAGCCGGGUAAUGCAGAUGAAGAGAAGUAACCCAGUGGAUGAUGCACAUCUGUCAGAAAGGGCCACCAAGCUCUAACAGACUCAAGCACUUUCUCAAACCUUCAUGGAGGACACUCGAAUGCAAUGGAAGAUGGACAAAUGGUUUUUUCUUAGAUUUUAAUGCCAGCUGAUACCAAGAAAGGGGCUUUGUCGACUGUACUUGUGGCUAGACUGACAAGGCACGCUAAAACUGAUUCACUGUUUAAAUGUAUUGCAGGGAUAGCGACUACUAUCUUUGCACAAGUCUGCAUUUGGCACAAUGUAUUUUUUUAAUAUAUUUUUUUAAUGGCUAAAACAUACUGAUAACACGUGGAAAAAUUUUACAUAUGUUAUCAUCCUCUGCCUGACAAGAUUUACCAAUUUUACUAAUUUCAAGAUUUGCCAAUGGAAUAAAGAAAUGUCACUUGUUAAGCACAUCUCAUUUUAACAUUGUCAAUGGAAGAAAAGUCACUUGUCAAGCAAACAUUAACUUAAAACAAGCUUGUAUUUUCUACUUGGAAAAGAAGAUCUUGAGUCUCAUUACAAGACUAAAAUGCCUGUUAAUACAGUCAGUUUUUGCACUGCUGCUGCCCACUGCUCCUAAGUCACUAGGAUGCAGAGGACAAAUUACCAGCAUCAAUAAAGUAUAUCUUGAUCUUAAAAUAAGCAGAUAAACUCUUUCAGAUGGGCAAGCCCUAA